AUGACUAUGAUAGCAACCUGCGAACAGAUCGAUGAAUCCUGGGGCCCGUGGGCACAGAGCUGCCGCGGUGGCUUUGAUUUCACCCUUACCUUUGAGGAUACCAUCCUGAUCAUUCUGCCCAGUAUCCUCUUCAUUGUCGCUUCCCUCAUUGGCGUGCUUUGCGGAAGGGAGCGGAGGCAGCUCUUACAUGCAACACCUUAUCUGAGCACCUGCAAACCGUCUUUACACUGUGUUACGAUUGGCCUCGCUGAUAUUGUGGUCGAGAACUCCAAUUCGAGUCCGCACCAGUAUCGCAGCGGAGGUUAUAUACUUCGUAACAGCGUUUCCCUUAGCGUGGUGGUCGUAUCGAUUGCACCGCACCGCGGUCGCACCCAGUCUGUUCCUCAGUCUCUUCCUUUCAGUAACAAUCAUCUUUCAAGCGGCCCGGACGAAGCCCCAUCACUUGCCUACCGCGGCACUGGCAACGCUUUCGAGGGAGCAGCUAAGCGGGCUCUAUGGUCGGGGCCUAUUCCUCUGGCUAGCGCGUACACUGUGGGAUGCGAUCUCUUUGGCAUGUAUGAUGCCGCCACGGCGGGCCAUUACAAUACUCGAUUUGGUCAAUAUUCUCGCUUGAGUCAGGUGCAAGGAUCCAAAGCAACUUCUCUGCUACGAGCCCUUUUUCUAACACUACGCAUUGAACUGCUGAUACCUGCCCUGCCGCGUGGAGUAAUGAUUGCCGUGACCCUUGUCCAACCUCUGCUACUUCAGCGCAUACUAGACUUUGUCCAGGGCGAAGGGUACAGCGAGCGGAUGAGUGUGGGUUACGGAUUGAUUGGGGCAUGCGCGUUGCUUUACGGUCUCACAUCCAUGUUCAACGCAUGGUAUGCACACGCGUCAAAUCGCCUGGCGUUGCAGAUCCGCAACGUUCUGGUUGAUGCCAUCUAUAGCAAGUUGCUCCGCUUGCCAAUUGCGAAAGCUGACCCAGGCCUUAUCACCACCCUGAUCAACGUAGAUAUGGAACAUAUCAUUGAGGGUGCGCGUGUGAUUCAUGAUCUCUGGGCUGCCGUGAUCUCCGUCGGUGUAAGCCUGUAUAUGAUUUACUGGAAGUUAGGGCUAGCUCCGGUCAACCAUGACCCUGUUGUCUCACUACAAGGAAGUAAAGAUGUUGGGACUUGCCGCCCAAUAUAUGAAGGAAUUGAAGAGACUAAGGAUCGUCGAAGUUCACCUGGCACGCUAAUCUGGUCUAUCUUAUCGACUGUCCCAGCAUCAGCAUCUUCUCAGAUAGCUCUCGUAGCAGCAUACGGCGGGUUUGCUAUUGUGUCAAGGACGCGCGACGAAAUCCUCUAUUUAUCAGCAUGCAAGUGCAUUCAGCGCAUCCAGUCCUUUUUAGAAGAACACUCAUCUAUGCAAGCCAAGGGCACUCUGUCCCUACAAGAAACGGUUGAUGCCCAUGGAAAGGAUAUAUUUGAGCUCAACUGCAAACCCUUACCAGAUGCUUCUGUGUCACUAGAUGGAGAAGAGUGUGGCACACUCAUUAAAUUUCACAAUGCGUGUUACUCUGGGGGGAACACCGAGGGAGAGGUUUUGCUAUCCGACCUUACGCUCGUCAUCCGUCAGGGUAGUGCGGUCAUCGUAGCAGGAAGCAUUGGUUCCGGGAAAUCCUCUCUGUUGAAAGCAAUCCUCGGCGAGCUCUGCUUCGUGUCCGGAUACAGCUACGUCCGUCCACAUCUACGUAUGGCUUAUUGUGCUCAAGAGCCCUGGCUUCUUAACGACACUAUUCGCAAUAACAUCCUUGGUGGCCGUGCGAUGGAUUCUGGAUGGUACCAGCAGGUGCUGGAGGCUGUUCACCUGCUUCCCGAUCUCGACAGUCUAUCAGAGAGGGACAGCACGAUCAUCGGCCACGGGGGCUCGAGAUUGAGCGGCGGCCAGCGUCAAAGAAUUUCGCUUGCCCGCGCUCUGUACUCCCGGCCCCAACUGCUUCUGGCUGACGACAUACUGAGCGGCCUGGAUAAGAAGACGGAACAAGGAAUUAUCGGAGCUGUCUUCUCCCCAUUUGGUCUCCUGAAGCGCCUCGAGUGCACUGUUGUCCUUGCCACUCACUCCGAUCUGUGCAUAUCCAAAUUUGAUGAUGUCAUUACUAUGGACCAAGGCCGUAUCCUCUUUCGUGGUUCAUCUAAGAAAACUUCCAAUAUUGAAGAAAUGAUUGGAAACAGAAACCUGGGGGGUAAUGAUAACUUUGAGAAUUUGAAAACAGCCUCCACUCCUACAGAAAGUAUCACCGUGGCUAGCGUGGAUUCAGUGGCUCGCAGCCUACCUGAUGAGGAUGAAAGCGCGGCCACAGCCCCAUCAGACUGGUCGAUUUAUCUUUUCUUCGCCCGCUCAAUGAGUGUCACCGGCUUUCUGGUCUUUGUGGCUCUGGCAAUGGCAAUUGGGGCAGAGCGCUCCUUCGAAAGUGUCUGGUUGCAGGAUUGGGCAGAGUCAAAACAUCCAGACCACGUGGCUUAUUAUGUUGGUAUCUUCACAGGCUUAGUAGUAGGAGGAUUGAUCCUCCUCUAUAUAACUUGCUGGUCCGUCCUCAUUACUCUCCGGUCUAUAUUGGUUACCCGCUUACAACCAGGGUUUCCCAACAGUGUUUUCUUCGAGUUUCUGAUGACUUCAUCUUCUAUUGGCAUCUAUGGGGAUCAAUUUAUUCAAGACAUCAUGUUGUUGGACAACGACCUCCCCAUGGCUUGGUUGAACACCUUCACAGCACUUUGCGCCGCUCUCGGUGAGACAAUCAUUGUUCUCUUAUCCUCUAAGUACCUGGUGAUCUCCGUCCCAUUCCUGGUAGGAGGUCUGUGGGUGUUGCAGAGGUUUUACUUGCGCACCUCGAAGCAGCUCCGGCUCAUGGACAUUGAGUCCAAGGCUCCGCUCUCGGGUUUUGUUAAUGACACCAUUUCUGGUCUCUUAACCGUUCGGGCUUUUGGUCGAAUAGAUGAGUUUCAAUGCCAGGCCAGGCAACUCUUGCAGACUUCUCAGGCGGCCAACUAUAUGCUCCUUUCCAUACAGGUCUGGCUGAAAAUGAUCCUAGACUUUAUCGUCAUGAUCCUUGCAGUAGCGGUCACCGGCCUCGCAGUAGGCUUGCGAUCACAACGAUCAGUUGGCUUUCUGGGUCUAGCGUUGGUUAACCUUAUUUCACUCAGUUCUACUAUACGUUAUGUUAUGACUUUUUGGGUCGAUUUGGAGACUUCUAUCGGGGCUGCGGCCCGAAUUCGUCAAUUUAACAUCAGUAUGACACCGGAAGAUGACCCUUCCAACCGGCCUGAACAUAAAGCAGGGUUUGCAAACGGCAACGUUGCAUUCCAGGACGUCUCUGCCUUCAUUCCUCUUCAUAGAACUAGUGGGGACAUGAUCCUGAAGGAUGUCACCUUUUCAGUUCGGGAAGGACAGAAAGUGGCCAUAUGUGGCCGAACUGGCAGUGGUAAAUCUGCUCUUCUGGGAACGCUGCUACGGUUGCUGGACAUUCAGCGUGGCGUGGUGACUGUCGGCGAUGAACCCAUUACAGGCUUCAGUCGGGAUUCUAUUCGAGGCAGUUUCCUCAGCCUGCCACAGAAGCCUUUACUCUUCGCCAAUUCGGUUCGCUAUAAUAUGGACCCCUGGGGCCGGCAUGCUGAUUCACAGGACUUUGACACCUAUGCUAGAGAGUCCUUGCAGCAAGUGGGCAUCUGGGAGGUGUUCGAGCAGCUUUACCACCAAAGCCUCUCGGACGCAGGGGCCCACUUUCCCAUACCGAAAUCGGCUCUCGAUCUUGACAUUGAUACCGACGGGUCACUCACACCAGGGCAGCAGCAACUAUUCUGCUUGGCGAGGCUGCUUUGUCGUCUCCGUCAGGAAAGUUCCAAGUUUCCGGUCAUUCUCCUCGACGAAGUCACCAGUUCUGUUGACCAGGAGACAGAACGUACCAUGCGAUGCCUCCUGCGCAACAGCCUGCAAAAACAUACCGUGCUCGAGGUUAUCCAUCGCUUAAAGAAAGACGCUGUUCGUGAGGAUUAUGACCUCGUACUGGUCCUCGACCAGGGACAGAUAGUCGAGUUCGGCCCUCCGGCUGCGCUUCUUAAUACGCCAGGUAGUGUAAGUUCUUCCGGUUCCUCCUUGUAUAUCCUCGAUAAUCUUAUUGACGUUCGCUGUAGCAUUGCUCUUUUGCUUCCCGAUUGGCGUGAAAAGAGAGGUCUUGCUCAAUGGAUGGAGAAGACAGAAUUGUGA